ACGCUCGCGACAUCAGGAAGUGCCCCGGAGGAGGCGUCACUGCGCUAACGUUAGCAAUUAGCAUCCCCCCCUGGCAAAACAACAGCUCGCCCACUUUUCUUUCUGGACUCGGCGCGUGGCUGUCCGCAAAUCAAUGGCGAUGUCAAAUGAAAUCGAAUUGUAUUACGUGACCGUUUAAUUUGUCGUUCGUGUUGUCCGAGCGCGGUCGCCACCAGUCUCAGUUGCUGACGCUCCGUUAGCCGUCUUGGCUGCCUGCUAGCUAACGUCGUGCUCGGUGGCGGAGAAAGACGAAUAUGGGCUCCAUCCUGAGUCGCAGAAUCGCCGGGGUUGAAGACAUCGACAUCCAAGCUAACUCGGCCUAUCGUUUCCCACCGAAAUCUGGCAAUUAUUUCGCCAGUCACUUCUUCAUGGGAGGGGAGAAGUUUGACACUCCACAUCCCGAGGGAUACCUUUUUGGGGAGAACAUGGAUUUAAAUUUCCUGGGAAACAGGCCAGUGCAGUUCCCCUACAUCACGCCCGCACCCCACGAGCCUGUAAAAACGCUCCGGAGUCUAGUGAACAUUCGGAAGGACUCGUUGCGUUUGGUCAGGUAUAAAGACGACUCCGACACGCCGGUGGAGGAGGGCGGCAAACCAAAGGUCCAGUACGGCGUGGAGUUCACCUUUGACGCAGAUGCUCGGGUGGCCAUCACUCUCUACUGCCAGGCCUUUGAGGAAUUCUCCAAUGGGAUGGCCGUGUACAGCCCGAAGGAUGCAACCAUGGCCUCGGAGACGGUCCACUACAAGAGGGGCGUCAGCCAGCAGUUCUCCAUGCCCUCUUUCAAGAUAGACUUCAGCGAGUGGAGGGAGGAAGACCUCAACUUUGACCUCGACCGAGGGGUGUUUCCCAUGGUGAUCCAAGCCGUGGUCGACGAAGGGGAUGACUGCCUCGGACAUGCUCAUGUUCUUUUGGCAGCCUUUGAACGACACGUUGAUGGCAGUUUCUCCGUCAAGCCACUGAAGCAAAAGCAAAUUGUGGACCGUGUGAGCUACCUCUUACAGGAGAUCUACGGCAUCGAGAACAAGAACAACCAAGAGACAAAGCCGUCAGACGACGAGAACAGCGACAACAGCAACGAGUGCGUGGUGUGUUUGUCGGACCUGCGGGACACGCUCAUCCUGCCCUGCAGACAUCUCUGCCUCUGCAACUCGUGCGCCGACACCUUGCGCUACCAAGCCAACAACUGUCCCAUCUGCAGACUGCCCUUCAGAGCCUUGUUGCAGAUCCGAGCUGUGCGGAAAAAGCCCGGCGCGCUCUCCCCCGUCUCCUUCAGUCCUGUUCUGGCGCAGACGAUGGACCACGACGAGCACUCUGGCACUGACUCAGUGCCGCCUGGCUUUGAGCCCGUCUCUCUGUUGGAGGCCCUGAACGGGUUGCGGUCCGUGUCGCCCGCCGUCCCCUCGGCGCCCCUCUACGAGGACGUCAACUCUUCGAGCGGCGACGGGGGCCGGCAGCUGAGCUCCCCCGAGCAUCUGAGCGACGGCGGUCUGCAGAAAGGCAAAGUCAGCAAAUCACCUGAUAGCACGCUGAGGUCCCCAUCUUCUCCCAUCCAGGAGGAGGAUGAGGAGAAGCUGUCGGAGAUGUCGGACGCUCAGCCGCACACGCUCCUGUCCAGCAGUCCCGCUCCCACAGACGCCACAGCAACCGAGGACGUAGCAGACUCGCUGUCCCCGGAUGAGGAGGACAGGAUGCACGCCGGCGACAUCCUCCAGGACUGCGGCAGCGAACGCAGCAGCUUGACCAAAACAGAGAGCGACCCUCCGGGCGAACUGUCGUUGCCAGGGUCGUCCGAGUCCACGGAGAGCCUGAAGAGUCAGAGCACAAACUGCUCCAGCCAGCCUCUCCUGUGCCCCGCCGACAGCUUCCACAGAGAAGACGAGCACCUCCUCCCUUGACGUCCGCGCUUUUUGCCUCCCCGACUCUUCGUUCCGCCUCUCAUCAGGGCCGACGUGUAGGAAACAGUUUUCUAUAUAAAUGCUCUCGUAAUGUGGAUUCUUCAGACUCAAAGCACACUUAGUCUAUUUGAACUCCACUGCUCAAUCCCACAUUCAGACGUAUAUAUAUAUAUAUAUAUAUAUAUAUACAUAUAUAUUUUUAACAUCUGUCUGUGUUUGAAUAUGCUACUCACCAUUCAUGAAUUUUUCAAGAAGUUAUAUUCUUAGUGUGGUUUCUGAAGUGAUUUUUGCACUCUGACCAAAUGGUUUAUAAUCCAAUCCAGACUUUACCAUGAGAUUAUGUGAAAAGGUGUAUUAGGGCAACAAUGAAAAGAAAAAUAUUUAUUAGGAGGAUUUAGUCAAAUUGUGUAAAGAAAUCGGAGUUUAAAAUCUGAAAAAUGUUUUGGUUUUUUUUCCUCCUGACAGUUGCAAUUAAUUUUUGCAACUUUUUCUCACCAUGAACUAGGGGUUGAAUGCCAAUUUUUUUUUUGCAGUGGACCAUAUUGUUUUUAAAGGUGAGGCUAAGUCGAUUAAUCGAUGAGGUUAAUUAAUAUUUUAUCAGCACAGUACAGCGGUCUUCAAUCUUUUUUUGCGCUACGGACCGGUUUCACUUAAAGACAUAUUGUGUCGGACAGGCACAGAAACAAACAAAAGCAAAGGACAGAAAAAUACAACUCACCAUUACGCUCACAGUAGUCGUCGUAAUUAGCGGGAGUUCCGCGCAUAUAUUAUUUCGACAAAGCGAUCCGUUUCAGCUUAUGUUCAAUAGCAUAGCGUGUUGUAAGACGUUCGUCGCCACCAGUCCCGGGGUGUCGCCGGUAUGUUUUCAAACUAGCGGCAAUAUUUUUGUAGCUCAAAUACAACAUUUGUCUCAAUGUACAAAUUCAAAUGUUCUUCAUUCUUGCAAUAUUUUGACUUUAUUCUUGCAUUUUACAAAAAAACGUUUGGAGUAAUAUUGCAACUUUAUUUUUACACUGCACCAUUUUUUACCAUGAAAAUAACUUUAGUCUCGCAACAUAAAUUACUUUUUCUUGUUUCAUGACAAAAUAUUUAAUCAUGAAAUAAUUUUUUCCCCUCACAAUGUACCAACAUUGUAGUCAUAAAAGUUAAGACUUUAUUUUUUCAAUGUUUUUACUUUGUCAUAAAAGUAGGAUAUUUAUUCUCUGACUUUUUUACGACUUUAUUCUCAACAUACUGUACCACCUUUUUGACAGUAAAACCGAAAUUCUCACAGUAUUACCUUUUCUCUUAAAACGUUUUUUUUCUUUCGAUUUGACUUUUAUUACUUUUCUACUUGGCCCUAAUAGACCUUGAUCAUUUCAAACAUCAACAUGCUGUGUUUAAUUCUUUAAAUCAUGCAAAAUUGAUUCUCAUACAUGUACUGGAAUUCCGUGCUACCUUUCACAUUGUAUACUCAUCCAAUGUAAAUGAUAUUUAGGGGGGAGAAAUAAGAUACUGAUAUUGACAUAAUGAACUAGAUGCAGUUACAGUAAUACGGUGAACUCUCGCUAUUUGCGAGGGCGCGAGUAGUGAAAAUCGUAAUUGACAUCCACAUCAAAAGUUUUGUAAUUGCCUCUCGAUGCCAGCAGAUCAAAGCAUUGUUUUUAAUAACCGACAAGGCUGCGGCCUGACUAAAUGAAGCUUCUUUCCUUCGACGUAGUCGCUUUGCACCAAGACGCCACCAAAACGUAGGAUAGGUCCCCCCCGCAAAAAAAUGUCUGAAUACGCAUGUUCACUGUAUUAUGGAAAACAACGGCUACAACUUGAACCCGUAGACCCCGCAACCUGUAAAGAUGCUUCAGCUGCACGUGUGCCGCCGUUUGCUUAUGUGAAGUCGUUGCAAGAAAAACAAAAGGAGCAUUCUGUACAUCUUUGUGCCUUGAGUUGAUUGGUUUGCCUGCUCGUUCUUUCCCGAGAGGCCCACAGCACGCGACAGCUGCACCCAAACUGGAGAUUUCAUGUACAGUUAUUGUAAUUAAGAAAUAUUAAAAUUAGCUGUCAGUUGACUACGUAGUGUAUCAAUUAUGCAUUUAAUCAAUACGCAGAUUUUCCAACCAUGCAAACAUUGUACAUGUGAUUAUUUUUUAUUUUAUUUUUUUUUCAUAAAUAUUUGUGGCUUCUCUGUCCCAUUUCAAGUCGACGCCAUGCCUUCCUGCCCUCGUUCCGACCGCAUAUGGACCUGGUAUCCAGGACAACGCCACACUAAAUCGUUUGUUUGUGUGUGUGUGUGUGUGUGUGUGUCAAGCCCCGCCCACCCUGUAAGAUGCUGUCUUUAAGCCUCGUGUGUGUGUGUAUAGCAGCAUGCGCGUAGAACAACAAUAAAAAGCAAACAGUCAUUAUGUCAAAGGUG